GUGUCAGAUUGUAAACAUGGCAUCAACAAGUGCACUCACUUUAGAAGAGGUUCUUUUAGAAAUAGCCGAUUCUGAUUGUGCUAGUAACAACGGAAUGUCUUCAGACGAAGAAGAGUUCAUCAAUCGAGAGUUAGGCGUAAUUUCUGGAGCUUCAAGUGAUGAAGAUACUGGUCCUACAGAUGUUGCUGAUGCUGCUAAUGAGGAGGAAAGUUGUAGUUCUGACACAUCUUCAGAACACCACUCCCCUGUUAGAAAACGAUCUAAGGGUAGAGGGAAGGGUAGAGGGAAGGGUAGAGGGAGAGGGAGAGGAAGGGGUAGACCCACUAGGUCCCAAGGUGAAAGCUCCCUGUCUCCUAACCCAUCAGGCCCCAAAGUGCAUGAGGGAUUUUGUGAUCCUGACAUUAGGAAUGUUCUUCCAGAUUUUGCCCCUAGCCGAGCUGUUGGGAUCCACCUAGAUCAUGCUUUCACCAGAAGUAUGAACCGUGAAGUUGAGUUCUUUAGGCUCUUCUUCACAAGGGAAAUGCUUCAAGAGGUAGUCACCCAUACCAAUGCUUAUGCCCACAUAAAAAUAGGUACUCAACCAUCCACUUACACAACAAAGGACGGGGCUUGGCAACCCACCAACCUUGAAGAGAUUGAGAGGUUGAUUGCCUUUUUAGUGUAUGCUGGUUUGGUAAGGGUCAACAGUGACAUAACAAAUUAUUGGAGUAUAAAGACCUUAUAUCAUGGUCUGUGGGCAAGAAAAAUAAUUUCUCGGACUCGGUAUAAGGCUGUAAUGGCAUUUCUGCAUGUGGUGGACCCCGUCACUGAAGACCCCAGCAAUAAACUGCGAAAGGUAGAGUCUUUUGUUCAGUCUUUUAGAGAGAGAUGUGAACAACUGUACCAGCCUUCACAGAAUAUUGCUGUUGACGAACGCAUGGUCAAAUCUAGGAAUAGGUCAGGGAUUAGGCAGUUCAUGAAAGAUAAGCCUACUAAGUGGGGGAUAAUGUUAUGGGUUGCUGCCGACAGUUCUAAUGGGUAUACCUGUAACUUUGAGAUCUACACAGGAAAGAAGGCCAAAGGUUCAUCUGAGCAUGGGUUGGGCUAUGAUGUUGUGAUGAAUUUAUUAGAUAAGUAUUUUGAUCAGGGUUAUCAUGUUUAUUUUGAUAAUUUUUACACUUCCCACCAAUUAGUUAGGGACUUAUUCUUGCAUGGUACUCCCUCCACGGGCACAGUUAGAAUAAAUAGGGUAGGUUUCCCGCAGAGUCUAAAAGACGUAAAAGCCUGGGCCAAGACCCAGAAGCGUGGAGGGUUACGGUGGGUUAGGGAGUCAGAGGUGUUGACACUGCAAUGGGUUGACAACAAGCCUGUAUCAGUGUUGACUACUAUUGACUCAGCCAAUGACCAGGUGGUAGCUAAGAGAAGGGCAAUGGUGGACAAGAAAUUUGCUAAGAUAGAUGUCCCCCAGCCUAAGGCCAUACAUAGGUACAACCAGUACAUGAAUGCCGUAGAUAGGUCUGAUCAGCUUCUUGCUUCUCACAACAUUCGUAGGAAAUGUUAUAGGUGGUGGAAAAUUUUGUUAAAUUAUCAUCUUAUAGAUAUGGCAAUUGUUAAUAGUUUUAUACUGUUUCAGAAACAUCGGGCCGAGAACAAGGAUAUAAAAGAGCUGCAGCGCAAGAAGGGGUAUACCAUAGUAGAUUUUCGGGAGGCAAUUGUAAGGCAAUUGUGUCAUAUGACAGACUAUGAUGACCCUCCGGUGUCUAGCAUGACUAAACAUGAAGUGAAUCCGGAUUCUUUCCAUGUAGAACAUACACCUGGGAUCGAGCCUGGUGUAAGACGCAAUUGCUUUCUUUGCUAUAAGGAAGGGAGGGGGGAGAAACGUGUAAAUACUUUUUGUGAAGGUCCUGAGUGCCAGAGAAAGUAUUUCCACAUUUCUAGUGACUAUAAUUGUUUCAAAGCAUGGCAUAGUAAAGCAUGUGAUAAGUAUAGAUAAUUUUUUGCAUGUAAAUUUUCUUGUUGUGAUAAAUAAAUUUGAAAAAAAAUAAAAAUAAAUAAAUACAAAAUAAAAACAAAAAAAAGUAAAGUUAGUUUACUUUACUCACACUGGCAUAAAACCACCUGACAUUGGAACAGUAGAAUUGUAAAUCUUUAGCUUUCUGUCAUUAGUAAAUAACAGUUUUAUUUCUUGUAAAUGUACUACCUGUAUUAGACUAGCAAAAUUGUAUGUAGUUGACUUUAGGUUGAAUCAUCAUCUGGUCUAAGUUUUUUUACCGUCUUAGAUCAAGUAUGGUGUCACAUCAAUUUUGGCCAGAAAAGGAAUAUAUUCACCACAUAUUUCAAUUAUGUGGAUGAGUCCUGAUUUGGCACACAUUUUUUUAUACCUACAAUGUUCAACAGCUUAUCUCAGGA